GGCAGGGGGCUUUUAUUUUGAAACGCUAUGUAUCUGUCGACCAUCGUGGACAUUUUCAUGUGCAUGUGAAACAAUAAAUUAUCAAAGGGAUCGAAAAAAAUAUCAAAACUGGAAGGGCUCAGCAGUGCCUGGGUGCCCAGGGAGCCACUGCCUGAGUCCCUAGAGGUAGACACCAAAAAACCACAGGUCAUGAGCACAGCCAAAGGCGGCCUGGUCAUCUUCACGGCCAACUCCAACCCCUCCAGUAGAGAGCUGGGGAAGAGGAUUUCACAGCGGUUGGGUGUGGAGCUUGGGAAGGUGCAGGUCUAUCAGGAAGCAAACAGAGAAACACGGGUCCAAAUCGAAGAGUCUGUGCGUGGUAAAGAUGUCUUCAUCAUCCAGACUGUGUCCAAGGAUGUUAAUACCACUAUCAUGGAGCUGCUCAUCAUGGUGUAUGCCUGCAGGACCUCUUGUGCUCGGAACAUCAUCGGCGUCAUUCCUUAUUUCCCCUACAGCAAACAGUGCAAAAUGAGGAAAAGAGGCUCCAUUGUGUCUAAGCUGCUUGCCUCCAUGAUGUGUAAAGCAGGCCUGACUCAUCUUAUUACGAUGGAUUUGCAUCAAAAGGAAAUUCAAGGUUUCUUCAACAUUUCAGUGGACAAUCUUCGCGCUUCACCAUUCCUGCUACAAUACAUCCAAGAAGAAAUUCCUGACUACAGAAAUGCUGUAAUUGUGGCCAAAUCUCCAGCAUCAGCCAAAAGGGCCCAGUCAUUUGCCGAAAGAUUGCGACUGGGCAUUGCUGUGAUCCAUGGUGAAGCCCAGGACGCUGAAUCGGACCUGGUGGAUGGACGCCACUCCCCACCCACUGUCAAGACCAUUGGAGCUAUUCAUCCGAGCCUAGAGAUACCUUUGCUGAUUCCCAAAGAAAAACCUCCAAUAACUGUGGUAGGAGAUGUGGGUGGACGAAUAGCCAUUAUAGUGGAUGACAUAAUUGAUGAUGUUGAUAGUUAUCUGGCAGCAGCUGAAACGCUGAAAGAAAGAGGUGCCUACAAGAUAUUUGUCAUGGCCACUCAUGGAAUCCUGUCCUCUGAUGCACCUCGGCUAAUAGAGGAGUCCGCCAUAGAUGAGGUAGUUGUCACCAACACAAUUCCACAUGAGAUCCAGAAACUACAGUGUCCUAAGAUUAAGACUGUGGAUAUCAGCAUGAUAUUGUCGGAAGCCAUUCGGCGCAUCCACAAUGGGGAAUCCAUGUCCUACCUGUUCCGUAAUAUAGGCAUGGAUGAUUAACAAGGACAGUCAGUCAGCCAGUCUUUCCAUGUCAUUUCCAUUCACAGAGUUCAAGGCUUUUUCAGUCCCAGAAUUAUUUUGGUUAAAGCAAUAUCCUGUAUCAUUUAUUCUUUUUUUUUUCUUCUUCUUCUCACAAUACUAAUUCACCUUGUUCUAUAUGUGAUACAUUUUAAAUAAUUACUCAAAGGUCCAUCAAACGAGAAGUUAAACAUUGUCAUGUGAGUUCAAUAUCCAAGAACGCUUAUGAAGAAAGAUGUUUAUAUUGCAAAUUACUCCACCUUCUUGAUCUUUUAAAAACAAACAAACAAAAACAACAUUUGGGAUUUUUCUAAAGAGUAGAUUUUACAUUGCUAGAAAAAUAAAGGACCACUGGAUGUGAAAAUUACGUCUUUUAAUUAAAAAAUGGUUUUAACUGUAGCUCGGCUUAUUGUUUCCAUGGAAGGAUUGUGAUCAGUAAGUGGCCAACAAUUACAAAAUGUACUUGUAUGUACAUGCUGUGGCAUAUCAGUGUCAGUGCCUCAUGACUUGUGUAUUUAUUGUGCCACUAGAUGUUUCUGUGUAUCUGUGUGUUCAAUGCUGUGUAGUUAGUGCUGAUGCUAGAUUUCAUAAUUACUUUGUACAUGCAAAGUACAUUUCUAAACAUUAAUUAUAAUAUUAACUUAUUGCUUAAUUUAGAAGAUAAAGCAUUAAUGUACAUGAUUGAAUGUUUUUUCCUGCUAAAUUGCUCUACUAAUACUUUAACAUGAGCACUUAUUUAUUUUUUGCCAGUAAUGGGACUAUGAGAGCAUCAUAAAUGUUUGGCCAUAGCAUUCAACAUUUCUCAAUAUUUUGCCUCUGAGAUUGUGACUUUUUAUUUUCAAGUGAAAUGCAGGGUUUUUGUUUUGUAACUAAUAUUUGAGGCUUUUGUAUUUAUUUACAGCACUUAACAAUAACAAUGAAUAAACAAUUUCAAGAGUAUCUGAUGCAUGUUUGUUGUAUGCAUUAACUAAUCAUCAGCCCAUUUAUCGGGUCUGAUGUGUUGUAUAGAUUAACAAUAAACUUGAGUACCAUGCUAUGCCGUUUCAAAAUACAUUUCAAAAACAUGUUUGUGAAAUUACAGUGUUCACUGGCUUUCCAGAUCAAUUUCCAUUCUGAUUGAUCCAUGCUUGCUUCAAAAUUUUCCAAAAAUCAGCCAGAGGGCACUCAAUCCUUCACAAAACCCCUUGCACUGACACUGGUGAACUGGACUGACUAAGCAGUAUUCUGUUCUGUUAUCCAAUAUUUCAUUGUUGGAUUGGUUUACUGUUCUCAUCUGGUUUUGUCAAACAGUAAAGAAAAUGAAAUGGUUGCGAGUCUGUGGAGGAAAACCAAAAUAAAACUUUGUUGUAAC